GCGGAAUCGUUCUUCAAUGAACUCGUGCCGGGGGGGGUGGUCAUCUUCAACUAUGAGGACGACCCGAACAUCUGGCACGAACGGCUGCUGCUGUGGCCGUCCGCUGGGCUGUUCCCCAACACCUGCUGGAUGUGCCUCACGCCCGACGGCGACGUGUACCCUGAAGAGAUGGCGGCUGGGCCCGAUGGGGACGGACCCAGUCGCGUGUCCCUCACGAUGGGGGCGACGCCAGCUGCUCUCCGCCUUCGGGACGCGCGUCUGGCCGCCCGCGCCGCGGGCGUGGUCGAGUUCGAACCGACUGCCUUCAUGCGCGACGGUGGCCGGCCUUCCAAGAGCAUGACGAUCAGCUUCGCCGACGUGCCAGGGUUCGUGCGCCGCGUGGCGCGCAAGAGCCCGCCCGUGUCCGGGGGCACCGCGACCCCAGAGGGCGGCCCUGGCGCGGUGCUGCUCUCUGACGAGAGCGCCGCCCCUCCUGGCUCGGCCUGGUUUGUGACGAAGGCGAUCCCGGACGAGUGCCAGCAGCUGGACGAGGUCGUCCCGAAGGUUGGCGACGUGGUCUGGGGCGAGAGCGGGCUCUACUGCACGGCGGGCGGCUUCGUCGUGCCGAUCGAGCUCCGCCCCGUCCCGCUGCCUGUCGAGGUGCUGGACAAGCUGGCCGACGACGAUGCUCGCCUCCUCGGACCUCUCCAGCGCGCGCGGGAGGUCCGCAGGCACCGCGACUUUCGCGAAGCGGUGUCGGCCAUGAGGCAGGAGAAGCACGACGACUUCCCGCUCGUCGGCGAGCGCAGCUUCAAGUGGUUGUGCGACUACAUCGUAGAUCACGGCGGCACCCUCGACGGCCGCCACACCAAGUGGAUGCAAGAGAGCGGCUGUACUAAGGACUCGGCGGCCGCGCACGUCCACGACCUGCUCGGCUUCGCCAUCGAGAUGGCCGUCACCUACGACCAGGUGGACGGCUCCUACCUCGCCAGCAUGGAGGUGGCGUCGCGUGCCCACCAGCUGAUCGAGGAGACCAUGGGGAGCAUGAAGAUCGAGGGCGUCGAGCACUACAUCGGCCUCUCGAAGCAGAGCGCCCGCCGGGGCGUCGCGAUGGCACCGGGCGUCGCCAAGCACGCCACCGACCAGCUCGCCAAGGAGACGGAUAUUCAGAAGCAGAAGCGCAAGGCGCGCGAGGAGAAGACCGCCCAGUCGGGCAAGAGGGACACGGG